UGGGUAAUGUUGCUGUCAACGCUGUGGCUGUACCCAGUGUGUUUUUGAGCGACUGGCCUACACAAACAAGUAGUUUUGGCAUUUAUUGACUCAAGUAACUAUGCCUGGUGCCGAUAAAGGAACAGACCUCUCGGAACGCAUAGAGGCCUUCCUUGCUGAACUGAAACGUGGAGGAAGUGGGGCAGGACCACUCCGUGGUGCUGGAGAGACAGCCCGAGAAACCACAGCCCUGUUACGGAGGAUCACAGCGCAAGCACGAUGGAGCAGCGCUGGGGAUCUGAUGGAGAUCAUACGCAAGGAGGGGAGACGGAUGACAGCUGCUCAGCCAUCUGAGACCACAGUAGGCAACAUGGUACGCAGAGUGUUGAAGAUUAUCAGAGAAGAGUAUGCCAGGUCUACAGGGAGUAGUGAAGAAACUGAUCAGCAGGAUUCUCUUCACAAACUUCUGACAUCUGGGGGACUGAGCGAUGAUAACUUCAGGCAACACUUCCCGUCACUUAAAGCUAACGUGAUAGAAGCAAUAAACGAGCUCCUCACUGAAUUGGAGGGAACCACAGACAACAUUGCCAUGCAAGCUUUGGAGCACAUCCAUUCUAAUGAGGUCAUCAUGACAAUUGGACGCUCUCGAACAGUAGAGGCCUUCUUAAAAGACGCGGCGAGAAAGCGUAAAUUCCAUGUCAUUGUGGCAGAGUGUGCUCCUUUCUGUCAGGGUCAUGAGAUGGCUACCAGCCUAUCGGAAGCUGACAUUGAGACAACUGUCAUUGCUGAUGCUGCCAUAUUUGCUGUGAUGUCCCGGGUUAAUAAGGUCAUCAUUGGUACACAGACUGUGCUGGCAAAUGGAGGACUGCGAGCUGUCAACGGGACACACACACUGGCACUGGCUGCCAAGCACCACUCGACUCCACUUAUUGUGUGUGCUCCGAUGUUCAAGCUGUCGCCACAGUUCCCUAAUGAAGAGGACACUUUCCACAAGUUUGUGUCCCCACAUGAAGUUCUUCCCUUCUCUGAAGGUGAAAUCCUCUCCAAGGUGAACGUACACUGCCCCGUGUUUGACUACGUUCCUCCAGAGCUCAUCACACUCUUCAUCUCCAACAUUGGUGGAAAUGCUCCCUCAUACAUAUACCGUUUAGUGAGUGAGCUUUACCACCCUGAAGACCAUGAGUUGUAAGACCUGUAAAUAAAAAGACAAUAUACCUAACUGCA